ACCCAUUUAAUAAGGGGAACCGACCCAUUUUGAAACCCGCGAGGCGAUUAUCUGAGUGCCGAGGAAGAAAUUUUCGAAUCUUGCGAUUUCCCGCCCGGCAAAGUCACCGCCAUGGACGGAGGGGGAAGCUCCUUCCCCCAUCAAUCUCUACGACAAGAUUCUGCUGUUGGACCGAUUUGGGGAAUGGAGUCGGUGGUUGCCACUGUUAGUGGCUACCAUGGUACUGAACGGUUCAACCUAAUUAAGCUUAUUUCCCGUGCGGGAGCAAGCUAUGUUGGAGCAAUGUCGAGCUCGACAACACACUUGAUUUGUUGGAAUUUUGAAGGAAAGAAGUACGACCUUGCCAAAAAGUUCAGGACAAUCGUGGUCAACCAUCAAUGGAUAGAAGAUUGCAUAAGGCAGGGAACACGUGUUUCGGAGCUUCCAUUUAUGAUGAAAAGUGGGCAAGAAACUGGGCCUUUGGUAACGCAAGUCCCAAUAGAUACUGAAGCUGGUAUUAAGAAGCGCAAAGCGCUUUCUGAUCGAUCCAAUUUCAUCCCCAACUCCAUUAGCACUGGAGGGGUUUCUGGAGUUGCCAAAGUUUCGGAAGAGAGUUGGACUGAUUCCAUUUUGUUAAAACAGGAAAUUUUCACUUCUUUCUAUGAUCACAUGGAGCAACUGCGGUUUGCAAUUUUGCUUACGGUUUAUUCCUUAUGUCAGAAGCAGAAAGAGCCAAUUCAUUCUUCUAGGAGGUUGAAGGGAAAAAAGACCACCUCCUCUACACAUGAAGAAUUCGAUUUUCAUUCUUCUCUACAUUCGACAAGAAAAGAGAAUUAUCUUGGCCAUGAAGAUCGAAGCUCUCCUUUUCCUGAAUCUUCUCGCAGAGGAAGAAGAUUGGUGAAGAAGAAUAUCAUCAGAGAGACUCUGACAUUUGCAUCUUCAGAUUCCGAAGAGGACUGCCACAUCAUUGAACCUGGAAAUCUUGAGAAAACAGCAUCAUUGAGUGACUUGGCUGGGGUCGGUAAUCUUGAGAAACCAGCAACAGGGAUAACAGCAGAUACCACACCUUCCGGUCACCAGGAAAUAUCAGAUGUCGGUCUUGAAGGCACUGAUGAGGUUGAAAAUUGCAAUCAGGAGUCUGCAUCAAGGGAUGUUUCUGUGAAUAGUUCAUCUGCUACUGUGGGUAUAACUCCUGAAGAUGAGAGCCACCAUGUUCAGAAUUUAACAGCGGGAACCCAAGAUACAAAUCAGACCAACUGCGCUGCAAAACUACCUGCAACAACAGACUUAUCUUGUGUUAUAUGCUGGACUGAGUUCAGUUCGACCCGAGGGGUCUUGCCGUGUGGACAUCGGUUUUGUUUUACAUGCAUCCGAGAGUGGGCCAAUAAUAUGGCUUCAAGGAAAAGAAUAUCAACCUGCCCCCUGUGCAAAACCAGUUUUAUGAGCAUCACAAUAGUGGAGGAUGCAGCUUGUUCUGAUCAGAAGAUAUACUCCCAGACCAUCCCCCUUGCGCAAUCUGCUACGGAUAUCUAUGUCCUUGCUGAUCAACAGACAUCAACCUCCACAGUUCAGUUAUACAGAGAACCAGUUUGUGUUGAAUGUCAGUCUCGAGAACCAGCGGAUCUGCUAAUCAGUUGUGACGUGUGCAAGAAUCUGUGCAUCCACUCCUACUGCUUGGAUCCCCCUUUGGAACCAUGGACAUGUGUUCGCUGCAGAGAUUCCCGAAUAUCUCACUAUUGGCCCCGUUAAUACUUAUCUCCCGAUCUUAUUCUGAGCUGUGUCGCAUCAUGCUCUACAAAUAAAUACAUGACUGAUCUUUCUUAUAGACCAUUCAUCCUAGAUUAAGAUUUUAUGACCAUUUGGCAUAAAGCCUUCCGGCUAGCUCUCCUUGCACAUGAAGUUUGAAUAUUGCCUGCUAGCCGAAAAACCUCAUUAUUUGGUUGAAUGAGAGUGACAUAUAACCCCGAA